AUGAUGCUGAAUCCGCUAGCCACGCGCGAGCAGCUGGAACUCACGCCCUGCAUGAACGACGGCUUGCCCCACCAUCUCGAGAUGGAGCUCCGCGCCCUGGGCUGUCAGAUCAUCCAGCAGACCGGAGUGCUUCUCCGUCUUCCUCAGAGGACUGCAGCCGUGGCCCAGGUCUUCUUCCACCGCUUCUGGUAUACCUCUUCUAUGGCUGACUUCUCCGCCAGCGAGAUCGCACUGGGGUGCGUACUGCUGUCAACAAAGCUAGAGGAGACGCAAGUCCUACUCAGACACCUUGUCAACGCCUUCCACUCUGCCAUGUUUCAAUUGCAAGAUCGCGUCCCUCCCGAAGAUCGAGUGCGUGUCGCGAACGCAACGUCGUCGCAAUCGUCGACUCGCAAGUACCGUCCUCUGGCAUACAAUUCCGGCGAGUACGAGCGUCUGCGCGAGUGCGCUAUGGUGGCCGAAAUGCAGAUUCUCAAGCGUCUGGGUUUCAACGUUCAGGUGGUGCUGCCACACGCUCUUCUGCCCAACUAUCUGCAAGCUCUUGGCCUUGCGAGCUCCGACCUCCAAGUCACCCCCAAGACACUUGCUCGUCAGCCACCAGACAAUGCCAAGCGAGGCGACACGGAGCCAUCUUUGCAGCGCAUGUCCUUCGCACAGUAUGCUUGGUCCUUUCUCAAUGAUGCCCUUCAGACGCCCGUGGUGUGUCUCUUCGGGCCGCACGUAGUAGCAUGUGCAGCCAUUGCGCUGGCGGCCGAUCUGUGCGUGCCGCGCGUCAAGCUGCCCGUGGAUCCGGCGCCAUGGUGGCUCGUCUUUGACGCAUCCGAGCCCGAGAUCAGAAUCGCCUGCUCGCAUGUGCUCUGGCGCUACCGCCAUCGUUCAUCGUUGGUCACCGCUCCGCUGCUUCUGGAUAGGCAAGAGCUGCGAGAAUACGUCGUCGCGCUCAGUGCCGAUGCAGAAGCCGAUUCGGUGGCAGUCGCUGCCCGAUCAGGGCCAGCGACUUGA